AUGCCAGCACGGAAGUCAGGGGCAUCUAAAAAGGCAACACCUGUUGCCCCGAAAUCUCACAAACGCCAGGUAUCGGAGUCUACCCCAGCAGCUACGCCGGGAAGCAGGGCAUCGAAGAGAAUCAAAGAGUCGGCUGAAAAGGAGCGUCGCACCGGCAAGGUGACCCCGACCAGAAGCAAGUACUUCCACGAGCUAGAUAGCGAGGACGACAACGUCGGCGACAAUGGGGACGACGAUUCCGGCUACGAGGACGAGGAUGCGUCAGCACAAGAGGCGCCAUCCAGCGAUGAAUCACUAGAUGAGGACGAUGAUGACUCCGAGCAGGAUGUUAGGAAGCGGAAGGCGAAGAGCAAGAAAGCUCCCAAAGGUGCUGGCGGUCUUGGAGCUGCUGUCAGUGCCGUCAUAGAGAAAGGCAAGGAGCUGUGGCGACCUGGCGUCAAGACAGGCUUAGGUCCGGGCAAGCAGGUGUUCAUCGAAAAGCCCAAACCCAGAGGUGACGGAGGCAUCAAGUAUCUGCCUGGGACCAUCCACCCCAACACAAUGGCAUUCCUGAAGGACUUGAAGGCGAACAAUGACCGGGAAUGGCUGAAAAUGCAUGACCCCGACUAUCGACAGUCUUGGAAGGACUGGGAAAGCUUUGUGGAAGUGUUGACUGAAAAGAUAACAGAGAUCGAUGAAACAAUCCCGGAACUGCCACCGAAAGACCUGGUCUUCAGAAUCUACCGCGAUAUCAGGUUCUCUUCUGAUCCUACACCUUACAAGCCACAUUUUUCGGCAGCUUGGUCUCGAACAGGUCGUAAGGGACCCUAUGCUUGUUACUAUGUCCAAAUCCAGCCAGGAGGCAGAAGUUUUGUCGGUUCCGGCUUGUGGAUGCCUGACGCCCAACCUUUGGCUCUGCUCAGACGGAACAUCGACCGCAAGCCGAAGAAACUGCGGCAGGUUCUGACUGGACCUCAGAUGCGGAAAAGGAUUCUGGAAGUCAACUCGAACGAUGAGAAGAAGGCAAUCAAAGCGUUUGCCGACCAGAACAAGGAAAAUGCCUUGAAGACUAAGCCGAAGACUCCUCUGGUCUCGAGAAAGCCCUUGGUAUAUGCAGGGGGCCAUAAGCAGUAG